UCCCUUGGGGCUGCUGCUCCGGAGGUCACGUGUACCGGGAGGGUUUGGGGAACGAGAGGAGGAGCCACUCUACCUCCGACAGCAGCUGCGGCGGCUGAGGGUUUUCCAAACCCCUCCCUUUCCAGCGCGCGUUGCCUGGUCCUCGCGACCGUGGCAGCAGAUGAAGGAGCCGGCGGGAGGCCGCCCGGAGCCCCUACCUCGCCGCUUCCGCUUGGGCGGCAAGAUGGGAGUGGAAUGAGCCCCGAACCGGAGCCACCGCCGCCUCCUCUUCUUCCUCCUCCUCCUCCUCCUCCGCCGGUUCGGGAAGCGGAGGUGGUGGCCUUGACUGUGGCGGCGGUGGUGGACGGCGAAGCGGCAGCAGCAGCAGUGAGUGGCGGCAAAAAGUGGGGGAGCCGAAUCAUGUUGGUGAGGAGAAUUGGCUUUAAGCCGGGUGGAGGCGCCUCGCAAGGUAUUGGUCAACCAAGCGUGUACCAUGCAGUAGUUGUCAUCUUCCUUGAAUUCUUUGCUUGGGGACUGCUCACAACUCCCAUGCUGACAGUCUUACGUGAAACAUUUCCUCAGCAUACAUUUCUAAUGAAUGGCCUCAUUCAAGGAGUUAAGGGGUUUUUAUCCUUCAUGAGUGCUCCACUGAUAGGUGCUCUGUCUGAUGUAUGGGGAAGAAAGUCUUUCCUUCUUGUUACAGUUUUCUUCACUUGUGUCCCAAUUCCAUUUAUGAAGAUAAGUCCGUGGUGGUAUUUUGCUAUGAUUUCUGUAUCUGGGAUUUUUGCUGUUACGUUUUCUGUGAUAUUUGCUUAUGUAGCUGACAUAACACAAGAGCAUGAAAGGAGCACUGCUUAUGGACUGGUAUCUGCCACAUUUGCAGCAAGUUUGGUAACUAGUCCUGCCAUUGGAGCACAUCUGUCUACUCUAUAUGGUGAUAACUUGGUUGUAUUAAUUGCUACAGUGGUGGCUGUUGUAGAUAUCUGUUUUAUUCUGCUGGCUGUACCCGAAUCUCUGCCUGAAAAAAUGAGGCCACCUUCAUGGGGAGCCCUUAUAUCAUGGGAACAAGCAGACCCCUUUGCAUCUUUGAGAAAAGUUGGAAAAGAUUCUACAAUCUUGCUGACUUGCAUCACUGUCUUUCUUUCUUAUCUGCCUGAGGCUGGCCAGUAUUCUAGUUUUUUUCUGUAUUUGAGACAAGUGAUAAAAUUUGAAUAUGCUAGCAUUGCAGCGUUCAUAGCUGUGAUAGGAGUACUCUCUAUAGUUGCUCAGACUGUCUUUCUCAGUAUCCUAAUGAGGUCUAUAGGGAAUAAAAAUACAGUUCUCCUUGGCCUUGGCUUUCAGAUGUUCCAGCUGGCUUGGUAUGGGUUUGGUUCUCAGCCUUGGAUGAUGUGGGCAGCAGGAGCUGUAGCAUCCAUGUCAAGCAUUACGUUCCCAGCAAUCAGUGCUCUUGUGUCGCGAAGUGCAGACUCAGACCAACAAGGCGUUGUCCAGGGGAUAAUAACUGGAAUCAGAGGCCUUUGCAAUGGUCUUGGUCCUGCUCUCUUUGGCUUUAUAUUCUUUUUGUUCCAUGUGGAACUUAAUGAGUUGGCACCUGUCCCAGAUUCUGAUAAAAAAGCUAUGCAGGAUCCAAGUGAUGAGAGUGCAAUUAUACCCGGCCCACCAUUCCUGUUUGGAGCAUGUGCAGUCCUUCUAGCUUUUCUGGUUGCCUUAUUCAUUCCUGAGCACAGUAAAGCCAGCAGUACCAGAAAGCACAGCAACAGCAUCAGCAGCAUCCAGAGCGGCAACCAAGAUCGAGGCAAUGAUGAUGACAUUGAGCCACUGCUGCAAGACAGCAGUGUAUAGGAGCUAGAUUUUCCUAAUGUUCAUAUAGUCUGCAAACAAGCAAAAUCUGUGCACUGAGCUCUGAAUCCAGAGCAGGACUUAACCGGAGUGAGCUUUUGAUCUAUCAGAAGCUUUGCACAUUUCACCCACCUAAGGUAUGCUGUGUAGGUGGCCAUGGAUGUCCCGUUGGGGCUUAUUUAAGUACUUUUUAAAGUAACAAUCCAACACAGUUAUUUUUCCGUAUCUCAUUUCAAAUGCUAUCGAGCUCAACAUUGAACUGAGAAUAUGGAAUACAGUAUCUGGAGAAAUCUUCAGACAGAAUUGAACUUACUGUGUACCCAAAUUCACUGUGAACAGACCACAGCCCCUGCCAAAAUAGUGAAAAGUUACAAUGUUUCCAUUGAAUGCAUACUUUGUUGUAGCACAUUUAGAUUUUGGAAAAAAUAACAAAAUCCCUUCGUUCUAAUUAAUAAGCUGUUUGGUAAAGUGAAUGUUGCAUAACUGCUUAGAAGUGUUACAGGAUAACUUCAACUGUUCAAUAUAAGUUAUUUGAAAGUCUUCAACCCUUAUUCCUGAGGACUUAUAUGUCAGGGCUCCAGUUGGAACCUAAAAAGGGCACAGGUAUUCUCAGUUGAUGGUUAGUAAUGCUCACUGAACUAGAUAGCACCACCAGUGUAGCCAGUUUUGACAUAAGACUAAUUGACUGGAUGCUGAGGCAAUUUACAUUUACUUGUGUGUAUUUAUUGCAUCUUCUGUCACUUCUAUCUGCCGUAUGAAGCACGCCCCCUGUUAAUUUCACUCCUGCCUUAACUGCUACUUGGUGUGAGUUUGUUUCCAACUAUAUUUAGCCUUCAUACCAAUCUUCUGAAGACUCUCAUGGAUUAUAAUUAUGAAAUGUCUCUCCAAAAGAGGCUCUAAAAAUGGUUUAGUUUUUACAGAGUAUCAUGCUAUAAUUUUUAGAGACAUUUUAUGGAAUUGCAUAUAUUUCUAUAUAUUUUGCGGCAUUUGAAAUGGACCGUUACACAAAAAUCUGACCAGGUAACUCUUAUGAAUGUUUUAUAUGUCUUAAAUAUAUGUAGAUAUUUGUAAGAAGUUUUACUUUUUUCCAGAUAAGGUACUGUGUAAAUCUUGUAUUUAUAAAUGUAAUGAGGGUGAUGGAUAUACAGCUUUUAUAAAGGAUUGUGUAAUGACUGAACAAAGUAAAUAUAUAUAUAUAUAUAUUUUGAAACAUGUUCCGCCUUAAGCAAGGAUAACAAAUCUUUUGUACUAUGCAGUUUGGUUUUUAAGUUAAUAAGCUUCAUAAUGCAUAAUAAAUUUGCAACCUAUACAAUAUACAAAA